AUGUCAAGUCGCGAGGCAAGCAAGAAGGCAGCCAAAGAGCUACUGGCGCUUUGCGCCAAGGAAGGCGUAAAACUUCCAACUGACCCCGUAAAUGCCGCUGUAGAAGCAGGCACAAUGAUCAACGCAACGCGGGAAAAUAAUGAGUUUCAGCUCGACGCAGCGCUUAAGGAGAUGAUAAGAAAAUUUGGUGUGAAAGAGUCAGCGUCCGAUACGAAAAAGAGCAAAAGAGAUGUCAAGACAGAAAAGAAGAUUGGCCGCAAGCGCAAAAGCACUACGGACAAGGAAAUUGACGAGAGCGUUGACGAGGACGAAAAGACUGUGAAGAAACCACGCAAGAAAAUUGAAGCUGCGUGCGAGGCGAAUCAAGCACUGGCCGAUGUCUUUGCUGAACUUUCAGGCUUUGAGUUUAAGCGCGGUGAGAGAUUUAAAGGUGGUACGUGGUCUAAGGUAGCCAAAGCCAUCCGCGACUGCGAGUCCGAACUCAAAUGCGGCAAAGACGCGCUGAAGCUUAAAGGCGUGGGCAAGUCAUCAGCUGCCAUGGUCGACGAGUACAUCGAAACGGCGUAG